GGUCUUCUAACCCUACUAUAUUUUUGAUAAUGUCUAUGCUAACAAGAUUAAGAUUUUUAUUAGCAAAACGAUGUUAUUCAGUUGAAGCAACAAUCACGAAUACCCAAACAGAAGUGGUUGAACCACGACAGUUAAUAUUUCCGUCCAAGUAUCAAAAACCUAGACAAGUUUGGUUGGAAAGCUUGGAAACCAUUGAUGAUAAAAAAAUCGGUUUAUUAGAGCUUCACCCUGCUGUAUUUGGGGGAGAACCCCGUAUAGAUUUAAUUCACCAAAAUGUUGUAUGGCAGCAAAAAUAUAGAUAUGUUAGUUUUGCUCAUACAAAAUUAAGAUUCGAAUGCAGAGGAGGUGGAAGAAAACCUUGGCCUCAAAAAGGAAUGGGUAAAGCCAGGCAUGGAUCAAUCAGGUCUCCGUUAUUUAAGGGAGGUGGCUUUUCUCAUGGCCCAAGGUCUCCCACACCUCAUUUUUACAUGUUGCCAUUUUACACAAGGGUUAGGGGUUUGAUCGCCACCUUAUCUGUGAAAUUUGCACAAGAUGAUUUACACAUUGUAGAUCAUUUGGAGUUGCCUGUAGAUGAUACCAGUUAUAUUGAGGAAUUGGUUAGGAGUCGUUUGUGGGGCCCUUCAGUACUUUUUGUAGACAGUUCGGAUAUAAUGCCCAGAAAUAUAACAGCUGCAACGGACACAGUCAAACAUUUUAAUCUGAUGCCUGCAUAUGGGCUAAAUGUGUAUUCAAUGUUGAAACAUGAUACUUUGAUCCUAACCAAGGAUGCUCUUAAUCUAAUUGAAGGAAAACUACUCAACCAUUUGCAUAAAAAUGAUACAAAAUCAGUUCUAAGAAAAUACAAAGUCGAUCAAUAUUAACAUAAUUUGGUUGAUCAUUGCAUUCAUUGUAAAUUGGCUUUACUUUUGCUAUUACUAGACAUUUGUUCUAGUCACAGAAAAACAAUUUAUAUUUGACUAAUGAGCACAAUGUGAAUAAAUAGCAUCUGUCAAAUUAUGUAUUUUAUAAAAUAUUUCAAUAUU